UCCAAAAAGAACCACCAAAGCUUCCUGUUUUCAAUUAUUUCAAAAAAAAUGGCAGCAAGAGAAACGUAUAAUGCGACGGCGAGGACACAUUCGGAAGUGGACAAUCUUCACCCAUCGCCUUGGCAGUCGCCGGUACCGUACUUAUUCGGCGGGUUGGCCGCCAUGCUGGGUCUCAUAGCCUUUGCUCUUCUCAUCCUCGCGUGUUCUUAUUGGAAGCUGUCGGGUUAUUUGGAGGACGACGGGUCAUCGGAGCAAGCCGAGGGAGACUUGGAAGCCAGGGAAGGUAAAGGCGGAGAUGACGGUGCUCGGCUCAGGCCGGUUAUGGAACCCAAGGUUCUUGUUAUAAUGGCGGGACAAGUGAAGCCGACCUUCUUGGCCACCCCCAUUGGCUCUUCUACCCGGUCCUUCUCCUUUGGUGACAACGGUGAAAGGAGAUGCUGCUGCAGUGAUGAUAAGGGAAUGAACAGGUCGGUGACGCCGGUGGCGGCAGUGAUCGUCGUGAGAGUACGGAGGCGCAACGAUCGUCGUCAAGGCAGGACCUUUGAUGAUGAUUGAGUUUUGUUUUUUUAUUAAAACGGAAAAAGGUGAUGGGGGUUGUAUAUCAGCUUUUGGGCUUGCAAUUGCAUGCUCUAUCGAUGUUAGCUUUAGUUUUUUUUUUAAGUAUAACCAUAAUUUUGAUCUAUUAA